AACUUUCCCGCCGUGCCGGGUCCUGAGGGGAGCGAGCCCGGCAUGUCCCAGACGGACCCCGAGCCGCUCCUGCGGGAGCUGGGCGGCUGGGACUGGGAGCUGUGCCGCCGGGAGCUGCCCGCCGUCCUGCCCCGGCUCCUCUCAGUGUACCAAGAGUGUGAAGACUGGACUGAGCACAUUCGGGUUUUGAGGAUCCUGACUGAAAUGUUUUUGCCCCAUAUCAGCCUUGAAGAUUUGGAACAAACUUUUUUCUCAAAAGUAUUGCCUAAGACUCUACAGUUCUUUGAUAACUUGAUGUAUGAGUUAUCCAGCGAGGCCAAGGGAUUAACCAGCCACAGCACAGAGUUAUGCAGUACUGUAAGGAAUCUGCUGCAGACUGUGGUGCAACUGCUGGAAACCCUGAGGGGCUGCGUGCGCUGCGUGUGCUCCGGGCAGGAGUGUGUGCCCCUGGAGAGCAUCCGCUCCCUGCCGGCCUCCGUGCUCUGUGUCAUAAAGAACACCUUUACUCACUGCAGGGACAGUGAAUCAGUGUACUGUGGCCACCUGCACUUGAUUUCUGACCUCCUACAAGCUGUGUUCAAGGAAACUUACUCCCUUCAGAAGCAGCUGAUGGAACUAGUUGAUAUGAUUUCCAUGGGCUCUGCAUCCACUGAAGAUAACAUCGCAGACAUAGUGUCAAUGAUCCACACUGUGCUGGAGAUCUGCUCUGUCAUUUCCAAUAUGGACCAUGCUCUUCAUGCCAACACGUGGAAGUUCAUCAUCAAGCAAAGCCUGAAGCAUCACUCCCUGCUGCAGUGCCAUCUGAAGCACAGUGACAUCCUGGGUGGCCUCUGCAAGGACACUCUUGAGUCUUUCGACUCCUGUUUGCAACUGGCUGAGCAAAUGAAGGUGUCAGAGAUACAGGAGGGCACUGAUUUAAGGCUGUUUCAGAAGACAGUCAAAUUGUGCAGGUUCUUUGCUAAUUCCCUAGUUCACUACACCAAGGAAUUUCUUGCUUACUUCUCUGACUCCUGUUCUCAGUUACAUCAGCUCUUUCUUCAGAUAUACAGCAAAUUUCCUCCCAGUCUCUAUGCUCCAGAGAUCUUGGAAGUUCAUCGAGAGGAAAUAUCCCGGGUCUUUCUCGUGGCUCUGGAUCCUCUCAUCAACCAGCUUCUUCCCUUUAGUCCUUUCAUGGAGCAAGUGUUAAGUGAGAAGUUAGGUCUCCCUCCUGAGCAGCAGCUGCCCCAGCUCCUCCUCCUGGUUACCAUCAUGGACAAGCUGCCCUCUCAGCCUGAAGAAGUGCAGACUCUCUGGAACACAGGAAAAAGCCUGUCUUUGUUUUCAGCUCUCUUCUUCAGUUUCCAGCAAUGUCCUGGUGAGCUUUCUCUCCCUGUCUGUUUGCCAGAGGUGAUCAGUAGUGGCCAGCCAGCAGUUCCCAUCACCCUCUAUCACUAUGUCUGUGUCCACCUGUGCUCCUUCAUUGCCUCCACACUCCCAUCACACUUCCCUCAGUUGGAAUAUGCCCUGCUGGAUGCAGUGCUGGGCUCCAGCAUGAUCACAUCUCUGCUGGCAAUGGACUCCUGGUGCUUCCUUGCCCGGUAUGGAACAGCUGAACUGUGUGCUCACCACGUUCAUGUGAUCGCCCACUUGCUGAAGGCUUGGCCCAGUGACUGUUACCAGGUCUCUGCCCUGGGUGUCCUGCUGAGGCGUCUGCUGUUCAUGAUGGCUCCGGAUCAUCAGGUAGAAUUCGCUCACAAGUUUCCCCCAGAGGAGGUGGAGAACCUGGCUGUGUGGCAGCACACGUCGCUCAGGGCCCUGAACCCUGACCUGAGGCAGCAAGUGGCGGCUCAGCUGUGCGUGGCCGGGCUCGCGCAGUGCCGGCGAUGGCUCCACGGCAGGCGCGCCCUGGGGGAGCUCCCACCUGUGAACGCUGCCCUUUCUGUCCUGUUGGCUGCCUGCAGUUUUGCUGAUGACACUCUGGAGGCAGAACUUAAGGCAUCUGUCUUGGGAGUGCUCAGUCAGUUCUGGACUUUUCUCCAGGCUAAGCAGGUCUCAGAUGAGCCAUGUCUCCAGCAGAUACUGUGUCUAUUACUUCACCUUUUGGAAUUUUUCAUCCAAGCAUUAGAUGCUCAACUGAUUACUCAGGUAUUUGCACUGCAGUCUUCCGUUUUCCAGCUGGAUCCCCCGGAUCAUGUUCGUCUAGCGAUGGUGGAUUUUCUGUCUUCCAUGGGAAAGGUGUUUAUACCACAAGAAGCACAGAGGCAGGUUGUGCCCCAGCUGUCGAGUCUCUUUGCCUCUCUGCUGGCUGACCAGACCUGGCUGAUUCACCAGCAUGCGUUGGAGGCGUUCACACGUUUUGCAGAGGAAACAAGCCAUGAAGAUAUUGUUCCUCUGUGCCUUAAUUCUGAAGAAGCUAAGAACAAAGUUGUUAAUUUUCUGGCUAAGACAAGGCAGAUAGAAGAGACCAGAGAAGCACGAGCAGAACGCACAAAGCAAGAAAGGAUUACCUGGAGUGCACAGGUUUUGAGAGGGGACCGAGAACUGGAGUCAACAGGAGAGCCCCUGGCCAAAAGAGCCUGUCACCCGCCCUCCGAGGAGCAGUACAAGUCGGCAGUGGGCUCCAUGGAGGGGGCAGUGGAGGCUGUGAAGCUGCUGCUGCAGAAAGGGUCCCCCCCAGCCUGGCUGGCAGGGAGGCUGGAGGCCCUGCACGCAGCCAUAGCCACCCUCAGGGACAGCGCACGCUGAGCGCUCCUCGGAGCCAGCUCAGCUCCCUGCAGGGAGGGAAGAGGUGCCUUUGUACCACGAGAGCUGGAGAAGGAAGCACUGUCUCCACUGCACCUGUGCCAAAAUGGACUGAGGGGUGAGAUGUCGGCCCGUGUGUCACAGUAAGUGGCUGGAAGGAGUUGCUGUAUUUUAAUGGACACUACUGUGCAUCUCAGCUGUCAGUUUGUACGCUGCCAAUUUUGUAUAGUUGUUUGUAUAUUGUUUGUUUUUUUACUGUGUGGAGAUAAACAUUCCAUGAUACUGUAUUCUGAAUACUAAGAGGUUGGAAUCUGUUGUAAAAGUAACAGUUACUUCGUUCCUGUCACCUCCAGGUGACCAGGCAGUAGGUGUUUUUAUCUUAAUUUUAAAAUGCACUCGAGAAUAACAGCUUAAGGCUCUAUACUGUUCUCUGAACAUACCUCUGCUGCUGGUUCCACUCCAGGCUAGGCUCAUCUUUUAAAAACAAUCUUUAUUGGUCACAGUUAAGAGCAGAAAGAACACGGUGCUUUAGCAGUUCAUGGUCAUUCACUGCACGGUUCCUGGCACCACUUGUGCCAUCCACUGACAGAGCUACAUAAACAGAAAUAAAUAAGUUGAGUAA